CACAACUUUCUUUUCCGUCUCUGGAACUUUUCUUGAUUUUCUUCUUCUCUUCACACCUUUCACUCUGGUCGCAACAACUCAUACACCACCACUCCAGGACCAAAUAAUAAUCAUGCCUCCCAAAUCCGGAAAGAAGGCCGCACCGGCCCCCUUCGCCUCGAAGGCGGGAUCCAAGAAGGCACCUAAGAACCCUCUUAUCGAGAAGCGACCCCGCAACUAUGGUAUCGGCCAGGACAUCCAGCCGAGACGCAACCUCUCCCGCAUGGUGAAGUGGCCCGAGUAUGUCCGUCUUCAGCGACAGCGCAAGAUCAUCAACAUGCGCCUGAAGGUCCCGCCAGCGAUCUCCCAGUUCCAGCACGUCCUCGACCGAAACACCGCUGCCCAGGCCUUCAAGCUCCUCAACAAGUACCGACCUGAAUCCAAGGCCGAGAAGAAGGAGCGCCUCGUCAAGGAGGCCACUGCCAUCAAGGAGGGCAAGAAGAAGGAGGAUGUUAGCAAGAAGCCCUACGCUGUUAAGUAUGGUCUCAACCACGUCGUUGGCCUGAUCGAGAACAAGAAGGCGUCGCUCGUCCUCAUUCCCAACGAUGUUGACCCCAUUGAGUUGGUUAUCUUCCUACCCGCUCUCUGCCGAAAGAUGGGUGUCCCCUACGCCAUCAUCAAGGGCAAGGCCCGUCUUGGAACCGUCGUUCACAAGAAGACUGCUGCCGUCCUGGCCAUCACUGAGGUCCGAUCGGAGGACAAGAACGAGCUCUCCAAGCUUGUUAGCGCCAUCAAGGAUGGUUACCUAGCCAACUCUGAGAACGCCCGACGAGUAUGGGGUGGUGGUAUCAUGGGUGCCAAGGCCAACAACCGCAUCGAGAAGAAGAAGAAGGCGCUUGAGCAGGCCAUCAAGGUCUAAGCUUAAGUAAGGAUGGUUAUGGGUCAUGAUUUUCUAGAAUUCGCGAAUUCGCACCGUUACGGCGUUGGAGGAGGUAAAAUGGAAUACCAACCACAUGGAUUUGCAUGAAACCUAGUCCGUCCCCAGGGUUCCAACCCCGACCAAUGUGACAAUGAAUUAAUUGAUCCAACCCUUGGAAUUCAGUGAAGUCUUAUCAGUAUCCUCGUCGUAUUGCUAAAUUAUAGGAGCCAAGCCCUGAU